AUGACUCGUUCACAUUUAAGUGUAUUUGAGGGUUCACUCAAAGGUAACAUUCUUGCUGCAGGAAUCACCUUGGAACUAAAACAAAUUGACAAAUGUGCUUGUGAGCCGGUGGAGUUAGACAAACCAACACUUGUGAUGAUGCGCAGCACAAACGGUGCCCUUGAGUGGGAUUCGAUAAUGUUUCUGAAUGUUUCCACACGCAAUAUACAUGCCGAAUGA